GGGAGCGAGCCGGGCGGCGGAGCGGAGCGGAGCGGCCUCUCCCUGAGGGAACGCGGCGGCCGGCCGAAGCGGCGAGGGCGGGCAGGCAGGCGGGCAGCGGGCAGGGCCGACGGAAGGGGCCGCCCGAGGGAGCGCCGCGCCGCCCGCCCGCCCUGCUGCGGGGCGGAUGUGCUGUGGGUAGGGCAGGCGGCGGGGCCGGGGCCUGGCCGGGCGAAGAUGGUGGCGCUGGCGCGGCUCCUCCUGCUGCUGGGCGCCUGGGCCGCCGGGGCCGGAGGUCAAUAUGGAAACCCUUUAAAUAAACACAUAAGACAUUAUGAAGGUUUGUCGUAUGAUGUGGAUUCAUUACACCAAAAACACCAGCGUGCCAAAAGAGCAGCAUCUCACGAAGACCAGUUUUUGCGCUUAGAUUUCCAUGCUCAUGGAAAGCAUUUUAACCUUAGAAUGAAGAGAGACAUGUCCCUCUUUAGCGAUGACUUCAAACUAGAGAUGUCCAAUAAAGUACUUGAUUAUGAUACCUCUCACAUUUAUACGGGGCACAUUUAUGGUGAACAGGGAAGUUUUAGCCAUGGAUCUGUUGUUGAUGGAAGAUUUGAGGGAUUCAUCCGGACUCACACUGGAACCUUUUACAUUGAGCCAGCCGAGAGAUAUAUCAAGGACCGAGCCCUGCCUUUUCACUCAGUCAUGUAUCAUGAAGAUGAUAUUAGAUACCCACAUAAAUAUGGACCACAAGGUGGCUGUGCGGAUCAUUCUGUGUUUGAGAGAAUGAAGAGGUACCAAAUGACUGGUGUGGAAGAGCCAACAAACCAGCAGAAGCCUUCAGAAGAAUCGACCAAUCCUGGCCCUGAGCGGUUAAGAAGAAAGCGAGCCACCCAGGCUGAGAGGAACACUUGCCAGCUCUACAUCCAGACAGACCAUCUGUUCUUUAGAUAUUACGGCACGAGAGAAGCCGUGAUUGCACAGAUAUCAAGCCAUGUUAAAGCAAUUGACACCAUUUACCAGUCAACAGAUUUCUCAGGAAUCCGGAACAUCAGUUUUAUGGUGAAACGCAUCCGAAUCAACACGACGCAAGAUGAGAAAGACCCUUCGAAUCCCUUCCGCUUCCCAAACAUCGGUGUAGAGAAGUUCCUGGAGCUCAAUUCCGAGCAGAACCAUGACGACUACUGCCUGGCCUACGUGUUCACGGACCGGGACUUUGAUGAUGGUGUCCUGGGCCUGGCCUGGGUUGGAGCACCAUCUGGGAGUUCAGGUGGAAUCUGUGAAAAAAGCAAACUUUAUUCUGAUGGCAAAAAGAAGUCCUUAAACACUGGUAUCAUCACUGUUCAGAAUUACGGCUCUCACGUCCCUCCCAAAGUUUCUCACAUCACCUUUGCACAUGAAGUGGGACAUAACUUUGGCUCUCCACAUGAUUCUGGAACCGAAUGUACUCCGGGGGAAUCUAAAAACUUGGGGCAAAAAGAAAACGGCAAUUACAUCAUGUACGCAAGAGCAACAUCUGGUGACAAACUGAACAACAACAAGUUCUCUCUGUGCAGCGUUCGAAAUAUCAGCCAGGUUCUGGAAAAAAAGAGAAACAAUUGUUUCGUUGAGUCUGGCCAGCCCAUCUGUGGGAAUGGCUUGGUGGAGCAAGGAGAGCAGUGUGAUUGUGGCUACAGCGACCAGUGCAGAGACGAGUGUUGCUUCGACGCCAACCAGCCGGAAGAUAAGAAGUGCAAGCUGAGGCCAGGCAAGCAGUGCAGCCCCAGCCAAGGCCCCUGUUGCACAGCUCAGUGUGAAUUCAGGAAACAAGCAGCAAAAUGCCGCAACGAUUCCGAAUGCGCAGAGGAGGGUCGAUGCAACGGCAACUCGUCUUUCUGCCCAACAUCGGCCCCGAAGAAAAACUUGACCGACUGCAAUCGGAAUACGCAAGUCUGCAUUGGUGGCCAAUGUGCCGGCUCCAUCUGCGAGAAAUACGGCUUGGAAGAAUGUACUUGUGCUAGCUCCGACGCAAAGGAUGAUAGAGAGUUGUGCCACGUCUGUUGCAUGGAGAAAAUGCAUCCAGACACGUGUGCCAGCACGGGGUCCGUAAGAUGGAAGGAGCACUUCAACAGCAAAACCCUCACCCUGCAGCCCGGAUCGCCCUGCAACGAGUUCAAAGGGUACUGCGAUGUGUUCAUGAGGUGCCGGUUGGUGGAUGCUGAUGGCCCCUUGGCCAGGCUAAAGAAAGCCAUUUUUAACCCUGAGCUGUAUGAAAACAUUGCUGAAUGGAUUGUGGCCCACUGGUGGGCAGUCCUGUUGAUGGGGAUUGCACUGAUCAUGUUGAUGGCCGGCUUCAUUAAGAUCUGCAGCGUCCACACACCAAGCAGCAAUCCGAAGUUGCCCCCUCCGAAGCCACUUCCAGGCACUUUGAAACGCCGGAGACCGCCCCCAGCAGCGCAGCCUCCCCCUCGCCAGAGGCCCCGAGAGAGCUAUCAGAUGGGCCACAUGAGACGCUGAGCGCUGCUCGUUGCCUUGGUUCUUCCUAGUGCCUACAGUGGGAAAAUUUCACUCCAAAGAAAACCUGCGUCAAGUCACUGUCCCCGGUCUAACUUUCAACGUACAAAGCAGCAGAAGACUAAGGCGGGCAGGAGGUGGGCUUCUCUCCCGGACCCAGCAGCGCAGUUCAGUGUCUGCGUUUUCCUGCCCAAAAGAGAAGCGGCUGAUCUGGCCGCAGGCUUUUCGUAGAGCCUGGAGCACCGUGGUUUUCUCUCCCCUCGGAUCUUCAUGGCUGCCUUUGCUUCACUUGCGGGCAAAUGUGGCUCUCAUGGAACUUCUGUUCACACCCAAAUUAAAGUCUAUAUUUUUCAACUGUCCAGGCUAGGAAGCUAGACCGCCUCAACAUUGGAGACAUUACUUUGCCAGUGUACAUAAAUUGUUAUAUGCAGACAUUGUAUUUCUAAUGUACACCUGUACUUCUGUGUGCAACUGUAAAACAAGAGAAUUGCAAUAUGGGUGUUUCUUUGUAUUAUAAACCUUUUACGCUCUUAAUGAAGAAAUUACUGUUUAAUUGACAUACUCAGGAUAACAGAGGUUGAUGGUGUAUAAAAGUCCAGGAUUCUGUAUUGCUUUAGGCAGGAAUUGUAAAUCAAAUCAAAUUCUUUCUUUUUUUAAAUGUAUCUAUAGUAUGGUCAGAAUUUCUGCAAAUGUUCUUUCUGGACCCAAAAGCCAGAUUGCUUCUCCUGCACAAACCCUCACUGAAACAAAAAAAGCGCCUCAUCCACUUGGAUACGGGGGCCGAAAGGGUGGCUUGCGCAGGAACCGGGCCCUCUGGAUUGGGCCUUUCACCUCGUCACGCCGUUGGCUGUCCUGGGGAUAGCACGAGCCAGGAGGAUUCCCACCAUGGAUUUUUAUAACAACUGUCUGGCUUCUGCGUAAGUAUUUUCAAAAAAGAAAAAUCUUUGCCUAUUCAGUUGGCUAUUUUUUUCGGGCUUCAAUAGAAAGAUACAUCUGUGUUAUAUUUUUGCAAAUGAUUGUAGCUGGUUUUCUUUGAAUAUGCUCUGAUAGUCUUAAUAUGUGGUAAUUAGGUUCCCAACUUUGAAAAACUUGGGAGAGAUGAAAAGCUGUGUUGAUUUUUUUUUUUUUUUUACUGUUAACAAGUAUUUUGGUAACCUCUCAGCAUGAUACUGUUUUUUAAAGGAUAACCACUAUAACAAAUGUAGCAGCAGCAGUUGCUGCUGGAGCCGAAUCAACCUUGUGUCGGCUGGAGAAGGGCCGCAGGGAGCUUUGAAAGGCGGAGGGGGGCUCCCAACAGCACGACGGCCCCCGAGCUUUGAUGACCGGUGUACAUAAUUGGCGUUUUACGAGAGAAAAAUCAAAAGCAAUGUUGCGAUACGCUUACUGCUAUGCAGGACAUGGAAGAGGGCAUUAUUCGAGCUUGUGAUCCACUGCUUCUGUUUUUCCAAAAGCACCAAGCUAAUUAGGAAGCCAAUGGCUAUAAUAAUAUUUCUGGCUUUGCUUCGGAAUCGGAUUGAUUAAGGGUUCAGGCAGGUUUGUGGUUUUAUUUUCUUCUUUUGGUUUUGUUUUCCAAGAGUAUAAGGUUUACACACGCAUUCUCACAAUGUGACGCAAGCCAGCAAGGCCAAAAAUGUUAGAGUACAAUGAGAUCUCUUCCUUGUAAAACUUGUACAGUAUGUGGUGACUUUUUUCAAAAUACAGCUUUUUUGUACAUGGUUUAGAGACAAAUUUUGUACAUGAGAAUUCCCCAGACCAAUAGACUAUAAAUAAUUCUAAAGGAUCUUAACUAGUUGGCAAUCUCUGUAGUUGCUUUUAAACCAUUUUAAAAUACAUUUGGGUUUGCUUUUAUUUUUCAGACUGUGCAAAAACUGAAAGCUAGGUUUGCAUUUCUAAAACAAUGACUUCUAUUCUGCAAGAGUUCUUAGUAACUUCUUGAGUGUGCUAGAUCUUGGAAUGUGUAAAUUCUUUGCUUGUCUUGUUAUCCUGUGGCUCGGGUGACCGGCAGAGAGCUGCCUGCCCUGAUUGAUUUUGGGUCCAAGUAAAAUGUUUUCUGCAAAAGACAAAGUGCACUGAAUUUCUCCACUCUUAAGUCAAAAUGUGGUAAAUUGAAAACAAAAUAUCAAAACAAAUGGCGAUCUAAUACUGCUGUCAGUUUAAUGUCCACUGUGUUUUAUACAGUAUCUUUUUUUUCUGUUCACUUUGGAAAUUUUUACUAAAAAGUUGCAAAAAAAAAUAAAGUAUUGUGCAAAGAAAUGUAAGUUUUUUUGAAACUUGAAAUGCAUUAAUAAAUAGACUUGAUGAAACCAU